AAUACGUUUCCACUAUACUAUCUAGCCUCCCUCCACAUUUCCCCCGGCUUCCCCGCAGGCUUCUCAAUCCAGUGUCCCAAUGGAUCGGCUUGUAAUUUCAGACGGUAGUGCCAAAAAGGAUUCAAAAGACACCUGUCUUCAACAUCUGUUUCACAACAGUGUUUUAAGUUCCUUGCACUGCAUCGCACGCGAUGGGCUCCAACGAUGAUCUUCCGAUUGUGAACUUCGAAGCGCUGAGCCUCAAACAUGAACAAGUACCUGACCGUGAUGAUCCUACAGUAAAAGAAGUAGCCAGGCAGAUGGUGAAGCAUUUUAGUACUGUGGGAUUCGUUUAUAUUACCAACCAUGGCCUUACCCUAGAAAAGGUAUAACUUCUCUCUUUAUAUUUUCUGAGAACACAACAUAACUAGCGAUUUUGCAUUAAAAUAUACUUACACCCAAGUGGAAGCCGGGUGAGGGGAUCUAGAAGACCGAACACACCUCUUUGCAAUUAAUUUUACAACUGUUAAAACACGACGGAUAGAAAAAUGUUAAAACGUUUUGAUCGACGAGUUCUUAGUUUUGUAGAAAUGCUCGCCUCAAACUACCAAACCAAGAUCCUCUGCUAACAGAGAAAUAUUGAUGCGUCUCUUUGUGGGGUUUUCAUUUUCCAUCAUUUUCUAGAAAUGCCCGCCUCAAACGGCAAAACAAAGGCAUUCGUCAUUCAUUGGAGUGGUUUUACAGAUGAGUUAGGUUGCGUUUCCUUUCGAAAAAUCUGAAUACAGAUUUUGCGAUCAAAGAUUCGAUUUUCCGUUCCAGUACAACAACAACAACAACCACCACAUUGAGAUUGGUAUCGUUGAUAGUUGUGAUUUGUAUCGCUUUUUGUACUAUAAGCUAUAAAUCGUGACCAGAGACAGGUCGGUGAAAUACAGCCCUUUGUGGCCCAGUAACUUAUCUGAAUUAUACUCUUGACUAUGGCGCGCCGUUUGUUUCAAAAUUAUUUUUUUCAGUUGUACCAUUUCAUCGUCUCUUUCGUUAUGUUUUUUAUUUAGAGAUACUGUGGUAUGAACAUAUUCUCUGUCAGUUGUACGCAUCACUCUGUCGGUGGUAGCUGUACGGGCUACAAAUUGUCGGUUAUAAACGUUCAUUCUGUCGGUUGGACGCACUACUCUGUCGGUUACAAAUAUUUACUCUGUCGGUUGUAAACAUUUACUCUGACGGUUGUACUCUGAUAGUUGUGUUCAUAACUCUGUGGGUUAUGUACAUUACUUUAUCGGUUGUACGCACUACUCUGUUGGUUGUAACUCUGUCGGUUAUAAACAUUUACGCUUUACGUGGUCGGUUGUAGAGAUUUACUCUGUCGGUUGUACGCACUACUCUGUCGGUUGUACGCACUACUCUGUCGGUUGUAACCAUUUACUCUGUCGGUUGUAAACAUUUACUCUGUCAGUUGUAUGCACUACUCUGUCGAUUGUAUGCACUACUCUGUCAGUUGUAUACACUACUCUGUCGGUUGUACGCACUACUCUGUCGGUUGUAUGCACUUAACUCUGUCGGUUGUAAACAUUUACUCUGUCGGUUGUACGCACUACUCUGUCGGUUGUAUGCACUUAACUCUGUCGGUUGUAAACAUUUACUCUGUCGGUUGUACGCACUACUCUAUCGGUUGUAUGCACUACUCUGUCGGUUGUAUGCACUACUCUGUCGGUUGUAAACAUUUACUCUGUCGGUUGUACGCACUACUCUGUCGGUUGUACGCUCUACUCUGUCAGUUGUAUGGACUACUCUGUCGAUUGUAUGCACUACUCUGUCGGUUGUACGCACUACUCUGUCGGUUGUAACCAUUUACUCUGUCGGUUGUAAACAUUUACUCUGUCAGUUGUAAGCACUUCUCUGUCGGUUGUACGCACUACUCUGUCGGUUGUAUACUCACUACUCUGUCGGUUGUAUGCACUACUCUGUCGGUUGUAUGCACUUAACUCUGUCGAUUGUAAACAUUUACUCUGUCGGUUGUACGCACUACUCUGUCGGUUGUAUGCACUACUCUGUCGGUUGUAAACAUUUACGCUGUCGGUUGUACGCACUACCCUGUCAGUUGUAUGCACUACUCUGUCGAUUGUAUGCACUACUCUGUCGGUUGUACGCACUACUCUGUCGGUUGUAACCAUUUACUCUGUCGGUUGUAAACAUUUACUCUGUCAGUUGUAAGCACUUCUCUGUCGGUUGUACGCACUACUCUGUCGGUUGUAUACGCACUACUCUGUCGGUUGUAUGCACUACUCUGUCGGUUGUAUGCAGUACUCUGUCGGUUAUAAACAUUUACUCUGUCGGUUGUACGCACUACUCUGUCGGUUGUAUGCACUACUCUGUCGGUUGUAUGCACUACUCUGUCGGUUGUAUGCACUACUCUGUCGGUUGUAAACAUUUACUCUGUCGGUUGUACGCACUACCCUGUCAGUUGUAUGCACUACUCUGUCGAUUGUAUGCACUACUCUGUCGGUUGUACGCACUACUCUGUCGGUUGUAACCAUUUACUCUGUCGGUUGUAACCAUUUACUCUGUCGGUUGUAAACAUUUACUCUGUCAGUUGUAAGCACUUCUCUGUCGGUUGUACGCACUACUCUGUCAGUUGUAAGCAGUACUCUGUCAGUUGUAUGCUUUCAACUGGUUUUCCGUGGAAUAAAGAGCUAUUCCAAAUUAUGAAAGAGCACCCAGUGUUGAUCUAGACUACAUGAUCAUGCUCCGAUCACACUCCGAUAAGCUAUUGCUUUUAGCGAGUAAAUUUCCUCUAGCCAGGAGAUUUACUCAGACAACAAACGGCAGUGUAUGAGAGCCCCACCCACCUACCGCAUUGAGUCUCUUCCUUUUGUUUUAUUUUAUUUUUUUUUUUAUUCAAUAAAACACCCGCAAGAAAUAAAAUAGGUAUCUAGGACCUUCUGUAAAAUAACUUUACUAUGAAGGGCAUAUAAAAUCCCAUAUAGGGAAAAAAAAAGUGCUUCAGUUUGUAUCACCCUUAUCCUUUCAACAGGUUUUCCGUGGAAUAAAUAGCUAUCCCAAAUUAUGAAAGAGCACCCAGUGUUGAUCUAGACGUCAAGCAGUUAGAUCACACUCCGACAAACUAUUGUUAAUUCAGGAAGUAAAUUUCCUCUAGCCUGGAAAUUUACACAGACAACAAACGGGUAGUGUAUGAGAACCCCACCCACCUACCACACUGAGUGUUUUCCUUUUGUUUUUUUGUUUUUUUUUUAAUAAAACACCUUCUGGAAAAUAACUUUACUAUGAAAGGAUGUUAAGGCAUGUAACAUCACAUAUGUGACAAAAUACCACUGUUUGUAUCACCCUUAUCCCGUUGUUUUUCGUGGAAUAAAGAGCUAUACGAAAUGAUGAAAGAGCCUCUACUGUUGAUCUUGUAGAAGUCAAGCAGUUAGAUGAUCACACUCUAAUAAUUAGCCAGUAAAUUUACUCACACUCGAUCAAAUGCCUGGAAAACACAGACAAAAAAGGGUGGUGUAUGAGAACCCCACCAAUCCACCACCCUCAGUGUUUUGUUGAGGUGUUUUUUUAAAUCAAACAGGCACACAAAAUCAUUUUGGUAUUUGCAGCUUUCUGAAAAAUUAAGUCAAUACAAGAGAGAAUGGGCUACUAUUAGAUAAUUUUCGCUUGGUUAAUACAAAAGGAUGUUAAGGCAAGUAGAACGUCGCUCAAAUAACAAAACCCAAUAUUUAAAGGAGUUAUGUUUUGAUAACUGAUUUGACAUAUAAAUAGCCAACCGGAAAUUUACCCAGAACAAAAGGGUACAGCAAAACCCCGCUGAUCGACCACCUUGAAUAUUUGUUAUCAUAUUUAGGGACGGACCAUUAGAAAACUUAUGGGGGGGCGGGCGAAGCACAAAAAAAAAAUUCGCGCAAGGGAAAAUUAAAUGAAAAAAAAUUCUUGCACGCCAAUUAACCCUAAAAAAUAUUCAUGCUAUGGCCUAAAAAAAAUUCAUACAAGGAAUUUGAUAACGAAAAAAAUUCCUGCCGCUCGAAAAUUCCCUCCCCCAUAACGUUUCUAAUGGUCGGUCCCUUAUUGACUUUGUCUCCUACAUGAAGAUUUCAUUACCAAAACAAGCAAUAUAACAACAAAUUAAAUAGAGUAGAAUAAACGUUAAGUAAGAAAGAAAGGAACAACACCUAUAUAAUUAUUGAACUGAUUAACGGCAUUUAUUGUCCUGUAAGCCAGAGGGUACCGUGUGGAAUAAAGAGCUACCCGAAAUGACCAGAGCCCCUGUUGAUUCCGACGACAUAAUUAGUUCAUUUGUUCCUUUUCAGUAAAAACAACAUCAAAAAUCAAACAAAUGAAAAAAAAAUGAACUUUCAGUCAGCUAUGCUAUGCUGUCAGGCGAAAGGAACGUUUCAGUAGUGUGUAAUGUUUAAUACAACCAACCGAGUAGUGCGUAAAACCGACGGAGUAUAUGUUUGCAAUCGACAGUGUAGUGACAACUGACAGAGUAAUGUACACAACCGACAAAGUAGUGGGUACAACCGACGGAGCACGGGGACGGCAGAGUAAACAUUUACAACCAACAGAGUAGAGGGUACAAAUGACAGAGUAAAUAUUUACAAUCGACAGAGUAGCGCAUACAACUGACAGAGUAGUGCGUAAAACUGACAGAGUAUUGUACACAACCGACAGAGUAGUGCAUACAACUGACAGAAUAGUGCGUACAACGGGCGUCUGGAAAAGCAGGAAUCCGCAAUAGGAACGGGAAUGGGAACAGGAAGCUGAACCGAAACCGGAACCGGAAACGGCAACGGAACAGGGACAGUAAUGUGAAGGGGAACCGUUACAAGAACAGGGACAUCAUUGCCUUAUAUUAUUUUAAUUCUGAUUCAAUUGAUACAAAGAAAAAGAAAACUAGUCUGUUAUCAUGCUCCCCCAUGACUCUCUUUAUAUUACGGCAACGAGAAGGUAAAAAAAGCAGCAAGUAAAAUAAGUAAAGCAACAGCUUUGCGAGUGCAUCGUGCUUUCUGUCAAUUUCUUCACCGUCUAUGCACAACUACGACGUAAAUGAUCAAAUCUUAAGUUUUCUUGACAACGUGAACGGCAGGCGAUAAAUUUUAUUUUGUCUUUCUGAGCUCGGACGCGGUCUCCAGCUUCAUUUCCCAACGUUUAAAAGACUGGACAAUUUGGAAUUAAUGAGAAACAGUUUGAAUUAAGACCCGAAUUCAUUUCUCAGUGGUGGAAGUAGAUGUUUUCUAUCUUUCGGAGCCCUGACUCAACAAAUUCGCAUAGUGGAAGGUAAGAGGAAGAAUUCAGAUUCGUUCUGUGAGACAGAAGCGUUCCAUCAAGCGAAACAUUGAACUUCCGUUGCUAUUCAUGAAGCCCCCGACGGUCAGCGUUCUCGUUGGUUAAGUUCGCUAUUAUGUUUGACACGAAAAUUCAAUGUGUCACUGGCUGAAGAUAAAGAAAGGUUAAUUAGAUUAACAUUUCCAGGGUGUUUUCUUGUUUCUUUUAUUAUUUCUCUGGCUUUUUAUUUAAAUCACGAUUAUACCUUUUUCUUUUCAUGUUUCUAUACACUGUUUAUAUUCCCCUUCCUAUUCCGAUUCCCAUUAUAUUUUUCCCUUAUUUUUGGUAUAUAGUCUAAAUAGGAAUUAAAUCCAGAUUAACUUAAAUUAAGGUAAAUGUUGUCCCUGUUUUUAUAUAGGUUUCUCUUCCCAUUCCGGUUCCUGUGGCGGUUCCCCUUCCUGUUCCUGUUCGUAUUCCCGUUCAUAUUUCCGGAUUCCGGUUUCCGGUACAACCGACAGAGUAGUGCGUACAAGCGACAGAGUAGUGCGUACAACCGACAGAGUAAAUGUUUACAACCGACAGAGUUAAGUGCAUACAACCGACAGAGUAGUGCGUACAACCGACAGAGUAGUGCAUACAACCGACAGAGUAGUGCAUACAACCGACAGAGUAGAGCGUACAACCGACAGAGUAAAUGUUUACAACCGACAGAGUAGUGCAUACAACCGACAGAGUAGUGCGUACAACCGACAGAGUAGUGCGUACAACCGACAGAGUAGUGCAUACAACCGACAGAGUAGUGCGUACAACCGACAGAGUAAAUGUUUACAACCGACAGAGUAGUGCAUACAACCGACAGAGAAGUGCGUACAACCGACAGAGUAAAUGUUUACAACCGACAGAGUAGUGCAUACAACCGACAGAGUAGUGCGUACAACCGACAGAGUAAAUGUUUACAACCGACAGAGUAGUGCGUACAACCGACAGAGUAAAUGUUUACAACCGAUAGAGUAGUGCAUACAACCGACAGAGUAGUGCAUACAACCGACAGAGUAGUGCGUACAACCGACAGAGUAAAUGUUUACAAUGCUCUAUUUUUCCGUAAGAUCAUCGAGAUCGAGCGCUUUCUGUUACGGGCUGCCAACUUGCAGACUGUAAUAACAUCACCACAGCUCGUGUUCACGGAGCGCGUUGUACCAGCAACGCAGGCAUUUGAUUGGUCAUUAGACAAUAGAUGUUAAUUUGCGUUGACAACGGGGCUAGUUUAAGUUGCCUAAAUUGACGAGUCGUUGACAAGUCGACUUUUCAAUAAAACGUACGCUUUCAUACCAUAAGGCACAUCUUGCGCUAACACACGAAGGAUUUUUGGCAUUUUGAUUAGGAAAAUGUUUUCUUGUGCAUGUUUGCGGAUUUUAUUUCGAGGAAUGGCCCAGAAACAUUAUAAAAUCAUGGUUUGGAAAAGAGAUAUUUGUAAACACGCGUAAUCGAUGCUAAAUGUGUCUGGCAUGUUUUUCAUCGCCAGCGGAGUUUCUUAAUUACUGAAUGGUAAAAGGCGUGAAAUUCCUGUCACGCCUCCUGAACGCGAGCUGCAGUGAUGUUAUUACAGUCCCUCUAUUUUUCUCGCUUCCUCCUAUCCGCCCCCGCCCCCUAAGUAGUACAACCGACCACGUAAAGCGUAAAUGUUUAUAACCGAGAGAGUUACAACCAACAGAGUAGUGCGUACAACCGAUAAAGUAAUGUACAUAACCCACAGAGUUAUGAACACAACUAUCAGAGUACAACCGUCAGACUAAAUGUUUACAACCGACAGAGUAAAUAUUUGUAACCGACAGAGUAGUGCGUCCAACCGACAGAAUGAAGGUUUAUAACCGACAAUUUGUAGCCCGUACAGCUACCACCGACAGAGUGAUGCGUACAACUGACAGAGAAUAUGUUCAUACCACAGUAUCUCUAAAUAAAAAACAUAACGAAAGAGACGAUGAAAUGGUACAACUGAAAAAAAUAAUUUUGAAACAAACGGCGCGCCAUACUUGACCUGUGGAAUGUGACCUGUACUUUUGUCUGAAAUAUCAUACGUCUCCACCCCUACUUUUCAUGUGCCGAACCUAACACCUAUUCAGGUUCGACUGUUGAUUCAGACGGUCGAACUUUAGAUGUGCCGAACCUAAUUUGUGGCGAAAAGAAAUAUCAUCCUUACUACGUAAAAUAGGGAAAUAAACUGAAAAACGUAAAAUUUACCAAACCUGGAAAUUCUUGUUUUGAUUUUAGUGUGAUUUGUGCUCUGUUAUGGCAUAUUUUACAACUUUUUUUCUAUUUCUUUUUCUAUUUCUUUAUUUCAUUUUUUUAAUGCUUUUUUUAACCCCCGGCAUAGUAAAUCGAACCCAAUCGAACUAAAUUUUAAUCGAACUCAAUCGAACUCGAUCGGUGGAUUGAAUUCGAUUGAGUUCGGCAAUCGAACGAAAUCGAACUCACCGAAAAGAAAAAAAAUCAAUCGAACCCAAUCGAACGUUUGAUUUUCGAACUCGUGAUUUAUGUAAAACAGACGUUGAAAAUCCAUUACCAGAUCUUAGAAGCUCGAGUUACUUCAGCCUUGAGUGUAGCGCACGUGUUUUUCGUAAACGAAGAAAUUCCGCAGAAAUGGCUUCAGAUGCGUUGUGGAUCGUAAGCUUCAAAUGUAUAGUCAAAGGCUACCAGGAAUGCCGCUUUGACGUCAAGGAUGGCGAAGUUUUCAGGGUUUGUUCUGUUCUCUUCUCUUAACUACCGUGGACAGUUUAUAAAUGGGGUUUGUGAUAUUGAAUAAAUAGUAAAAAAAGCGCAAGAAAAACUUGCUUUGACGGGCUUGCUUUGGGCUUGCUUUGUAUAGCUUCACCAGAGCCAAUCGAACGAAAUCCAUUUAAUUGUGUUCGAUUGAGUUCGGUUUCCGAACUCAAUCGAACACAAUCAGACGGAUUGAGUUCGAUUGAGUUCGAUUUGUUCGGAAAUCGAACUCAAUGAAAGUGUGGGUUUCGAUUUCGUUCGAUUGCCGAACUCAAUCGAACUCAAUCCACGGAUUGAGUUCGAUUGAGUUCGAUUGAGUUCGAUUUACUAUGCCGGGUUUAACCCACAACAUUUAAACCCACACCAACGAUCCACAUUUACGACCCACGACCUCUACCCAUUACCCACGACCCACGACAUUUAGCUACACUCAAAUGACUCAAAUUACUUGUCCGAGUUCGGAGAAAACUUCAGGGGCAGCAGAGCCGCCAUUAUCAACUUUUUUACAGCCAGUGCAUUUGUCAUCCCUUUUGGGCCUUCAGACCGACCGAAUUGACAGAUUUCCCUAACCUCUCAUAUACUUCAACUAGUGAAAUCCCAACCCUUUCAAAUACCAAAAGCGUGAAAAAGGUACCACUUUCAGGAGGAGAGCCUCCCCGUCAUUAUAGGAAGUAACCCCCGGUGUAUGGAUCAAUCGUUUUUCCAGAUGUUUGUUCGGCUAUCACGAAAAUCCAAACAAUCUGGAUUGUCUCAAUCCAAAAAAGGGUUCGCCAAAAAGGAAAACUAUCCUCGGUUUUGCUUUCUUGGGCAUUCGCUGGGGUAUUUUGAAAGCCAAAACCCAAAAAAACCCUAAGAAAAUCGCUCUGAGUUUGACACUUUAUUAAAAAAUAAUAACAAAAAUUCAAGCCGUCUGUCUGGACUCAAGGGAAGCGUGUCAAACAGUCUGAAAGUGGGAAAGCGUUCUUUUAUGUUACAGCUAAAAGCUCCCGAACGGCUUUCUUUUCGCAACUGCACAAGUCUGAUAAGUUGCGUCUUAAAGUGCGAGAUCUUCUUUGGAUCUAUUUCUUCAUUCCGCGGUUCAAAUAUAUAAAAUCAAUAAUUCAUCAUUUGAACGUAUACUGUCCACUUUUGGGGUUGUUACAAGAUUGCAGAAAUACAACACAAUUCAGUCAUUCUGAACAUUUAUUACCACCUCGACCCGAGAUCACAAAAACACGCGCAAGUGUUCCUCUAAUUUUACAAAAUUUCUAAGAAACUUCUUGUAAGAACAGCUUGUUAAACGAUUACAAAAAUACCAUAAGUAGGAGGCACUUGAUCGUCUGGGUGAGCGUAGUCCUGAAUAGGUAGGAGUCUUCAUAGCCAAUAACUUAUCAUGACUUAUGAAAUGACUCCUGGCUUCAAACCUUUUACAGUUUUACAAAAAUACCUUUAGUGCUUUCAUUCUGAAACUUAAUUUUUUGUCUUCCAGCAUUCAACUACAGUAUCGGGCGUUAUGCGCAAACGUUCCUCUAAUUACGCAAAAUUUCUACGAAUCUUUCUGAAAAGUAUACUCUAUUCGUGUUAACUGAAUAACACGUCUCAUUUAUUUAAAAUAAGAAGACCAGGCAAUUUCUUGGAUAACCCCAGUCUUUUAAGGGGGAUGUUUCUAAAACGAAGUCCUCCCAGUGCAGGCUAUAUAUUAUAGGAAGUACCCCCUGGGGUGGUGCCUUUGAAUGCAAGGACGACAUGCAUUCGUGGACCGGCAACCAUAGCCUCGUUGGCCAACACUUAGGUGCUCGUAGCAUCUGUUUGCUACUCUUUUAAAGAGUGGUUUGGCGUUUGUUAAGGUCAUGACUUUUUUGGACUGACGGUUUUAUUAUUUUCCAUUGUAAGAGAGCACUUGACGCAACUGUACUCAUUGCAUUGGCAGAUCCAGACCUUCAGAUGGGGGGGGGGGGCGGUCUCCAAAAAAAUUUUUUCGGCCAUUCGGGCCUCACUUUGGUCGAAAAAUAAGGGGGGGACCUGGGCCCCUCCCCUGGAUCCUCCACUGCAUUGCUUUAGGGUAACCUCAGCCCUGGGGCGAAGUUGGCUUCAUACCAUGCUAACAGAGGUUUCUCCCUGGGGACUCUGGCAUGGUUUUUAACAUUUACUUGUCAGUGGCGUAGCUGGUUUGCGUAAACAAACCAACUACGCGACUGGCAAGCCACGUAAAAGACUUCGCAAAUGCUAGAAGCCAUCCCAGAGAGAAACCUUUGUUGGCAGGGUAUUGGUUUCGGUGCUUUGGCUUUGAUUAGAAAGGACGUUAGAGAAGUGGGUGUCCCGAUGGGUGUCUUUAACUGAAGCGAAGACUGAAGACUUGAAUCCCAGUUUAGUUUGAACAACUGUUGAAACACCAGGAAACGACGGAAAGAUAGUAAAACGUUUUCUGUUCGUCCCUUAAACAAAAGACAUCGUUGAGUUCUUCGUUUUCUAAAAACGAUCCUUGUUCCAGUGAGCAGAAAGCCCGGCGGGGAAGGUGGGGCUGGGUACUGGAUUACAAGAGACGGGAGGAUGAUCGCAACAUUUUGAGGGGUAGAAAACUUAAACAAUUAUCUUAAUAUUUUUUGCGUGGGACAUUAAGUAGGGAUUUUUGCGGAAUAUUCGAAAAAGUUCCAGGGAUUUUUUGGGGGUGGGUGGGGGGGGGGCGUUUGACAUCCUGGUUUUGAGAUUUGCCCUUAUUCCAUUAUCCACAACCGUCACCCCUCCCACUUUCGAUCUAAGUGACCUAAGCACGAGGUUGGAUCAUCCCGUCACUUGGAAUCCAGAGUACCUCUCCUUGGGUUGGGCCCAAUUGUAGACCGUAAGGACCGUUUAAAAUAAAAAAAAACAUACCCUUUAGGACCGUACAUCCCGUAUAUAGCUUGAUAUAUAAGAAACAGUAAUCUCUCCCCCGUACAACUGAGUUGCCUUUAACGCGGGGUUAUAUGUAGCAAAAGACUUUGUCGACAUAAUCUCGCAAGAAAAUAGGUGUGCUGAAACCGUCGGAGUAUCCUGAUUAUAAUCUUGUUUUGUCUGUUUAAUUGUUUAUAAUACAAUAACUGUACUUAAUGGCAGGUUGAUGCUGCAUUCAGCGCUGGGGACAGGUUUUUCACUUUGGAAAGUGAAGUCAAAAGAAAAUACAAAAAGGGGGAAAGGGCCAGUCAAAAUGGAUGGGACGCAUUGGAAAGAGAGAGGUAGUUAAUUCUUAAGAGUCAGGUGCAGCACGUAAACUCUCUUUAUUGAACUCCCUAUAAGACGGACAUCUCUAUAAGACGGAAACUUGGUGCCGGUCCCAAAGGUUUCCGUCUUAGAGAGAGUUAACUGUAUUUCUGGCAUCCUGCUAGUGGAGUUUUAAUCCCCAACAUGGUUCUUAGCAACGUCGUUUUACCGCUGAUAUUCGCGUAGUCGUCUUAUUUACGUCAGCCAACCACGCGCAAACGACUUCGUUAUGCUAAAAAAGUUUUCUUUUUUUGUUUUUAGGUUCUAUACUUAUAUUCCUUUAACGUAUUGUGUUUUGGAUUGCAGUGUUAAUCGACGAGAAAAGACACCAGGCGAUCUAAAGGAAUGCUUCGAUAUAAAAGAUUUCUUAGAGGAUGACUUCGUAAGUCAAUGGAUAUAGCUGCAAAGUAACUAUUUUCGCGCAGAAAUUACAAAAUGCUUUUCAAGUUUUAUCUAAAAGCCACACCAAUGAGAGCUGAAAACGUUAACCUAUUUAAUCCGAUGAAAUGCCGAUAUGAAUAUAAGCUAGUAUAUAACAGAUAAAUUGACUUGUUCUACCAUUAUGAACAGUGACUCCACUAAGAUAUUCGUACUUGCAAGAACAAGACUACCAACUCACAUUUUUAGAAUCACGGCCAUUAUUUGAUUUCUGCAAACGAGUUCAGCUAUAGUGCCAGGCGGAUCUUUUCCUCCAAAUGUACGGUAAGUUUUUAGCCCGUAGACACGUAGUAGUGAUAAUAAAAAUAAGAAUUGGCCUAAAAACGUAACCUAUUUGAAAUACACUCUAUGCAAAAUGUUCUCAUUAAAAAGCAUGUGAACUUUUAUUUAAACCGUGGUUUUUGCCGGGAACGCUUAGACACUAUUAACGCUUUCAUAAACAGUGUAGAGGAUGAUCAAAGUUUCCGGAAGUUUCCGGAAGUUAUUUUUUGCGUAUUGUAAUGUUUUCAAGGCAGGAGAUGUCGACUGAAGUUGCGUAUCCAGCGUUGGAUUCGUGCAGUGAGGUUUUUGGCUGUUGGCACCAGUACUGUGGGCGAAACGUAAUAACAAAACAAGACACAUUUUUAGUCUUUAACUCUGAAGUUCAUUUCAGGAAUUUCAAAUAAACACAAUUAUUUGAAUCUUUGAUGCCCACAUGAUGCUCAUAAAAUAGUUUUCCUUGCCCGAAAAUUUAACAGGACUUUCGAGAAACGAUCUCUGUCUGGAAACAAGUUAUAGCACUAAUACACUAAGUUGGUCUGAAACGGCUAAAAACUGAGAGUGAAAGUUAAGGGCCAAUUUUGUAGCGUUCCCACAGUAUUCAAAGAUCGAAAUCUUGGGUCCAAAACUCGCACUAGCUGAUCGCGUAGUAAAUUUUUGCCCCACAUACAUGAUACCCCAGCCUAUUCCCUUGCCGUUCUCACUUAAGUCAAUCCUGAACUCUACCGUGAGCUGUGACGUCACUGAGAGAGACUGGUUGACCCUUUCCCAGAGAGCACGCCUAGGGACCUAGGUUGAUGAUACCCAUGUACAGUUUGUGAACCACUGGCCGUUUUAAAGUCGAUAGGUCUAAAAACGGGACGCCUAAAAGUUGUCGAGAUGAUUGGGAAAAAGAGCAAAGUUUUCUGAAAAAAGACCAAACACUAACUCUUCCCAGUUCGCUCUGGACGAGUUGGGCACAAAUGCUUCAAAGUUUACGGCCUUCCGUUUUCAUACUAGAUACUUUUAACGUCUGAGACGAGAACGUCGUUAGUUAAAUGCGUCUGAAUGAUGUACUUCAAGAAGAAAUUAGAUGCAUCUGUCUUAUUUACUGUUCAUAGCUAGACACUUUAACGUCUUUACAAUAAAAACGGCCACUAAGUUGAUAUGACAUCAAUAGCGUGCGCCGUGAACCUUGCAGUCAAGGAACAGUGUUAAUAAUUGCUUGUUAUUAUCGGUGAUUUGCAGCUUUGGCCAGUGGAAGUUCCCAACUUUAAAGAACAUGUGUUGGAUUUAUGGAAAGAUACUCAUGAGCUCAGCUUAAGGGUGCUAUCAACUGUCACAAUUGGGAUGGGUCUGGUAAGUUCCAUAUUGGUGGGGUUAACAACCUAUGUAAUUGGUCCGUUGACUAUAAAUUGACGAAUAAAGAGAACAUAAAAGCGAAUCUCCUAAACAUUUUUCUUAUUUCAUUAAUAAAAUAGCCGUUCCAUCAUUUCUGGUUUUUUAUGUUCUCAUGGUAUCAAGAUGCAGCUAAAGAAACGAAUUUGAAUGGCAUAAAAGUUCGUAGGCAGGUUAGAAUUAACCCUUCUGAAAUGAAGUGCUACAGAAAAAAUUUUAAAAUAUCAUAGAUGGAGCACAGAACAAAUAAGUCAGUUAGGGAGGAAGUCAAAGUGGAAAAUCAAUGGUUAGAGAUUUUUAUAAAUAAACAAAAGCUGAGGUAUUAAUCUUGGCACAGGAAGCGGUAUUGGUAAAGAGAACGGUAUUCUGGAUGAAGAUGACACGCGAUUGUGUUGAAAAGGAUCGAGCGGGAAAGCGGAAUUAAUACCCCAUUCCUGAUCCUGUCAGUCUGACAGCAACUGGAAGAAUUAUGACUCACAAAUGAUUUUGAAUUAACUUAACUACUUUGUUUCAUCCUAGGAUCCUACAACUUUUGACUUUGCUUUCAAACAUACUGGGAAGCUUGAAGGAAAUUCUGCGCUUCGCUACACUUACUACCCAAAAGCUGACCCGACAAAGGUGAAACCUGGUCAGUUACGUUGCGGGGAACACACUGACCUCGGGAUCAUAACGAUGCUAUAUCAAGAUGAAUUAGGAGGUUUGGAGGUGAGGAAUUAACAGUAACUAAUAUCAAACCAGUGACAGCCGCUCCGACUGAGUGACGCCACCUACUGGUUUCCUCUCGAAAUGACGUCUGAGAAACGCGUGCAGAAAUUCCAUACUGAUGACGCGUCGUGGUUGUGCCGCGUGGGAAAUUUGCUUCAACCAAUCAGAAGAUGCGUCAUCAGUAUGGAAGCUCGUUUCUCAGACGUCAUUGGCGGGAAACCAGUUUUGGCGUCGCGAAAUGUCGGCUGUUUAGGCGAGGAGAGCCUUCUGAAUUUUGAAAACUUUCUGCUCAUCCUAGCUCUCCGCGUUUAUGAGCUCGACGAUGACACAAAGGAAACCCCUGCGAGCUUGUGAAGGAGAGAUGUCUGGAAUUGUUCAGUAUUUUGUCAUGUAAAACAGUCGGCGUAAGUGACCUCUGAGCGAAACAAGUACAGUAUUUCACUUUAGAGCCUUAAUCUUCGACUCAUUUUUGGAAUUUCCAAUAUUAGAGGAUUAGAGAAAUGAAGCCGAAAUGUAAGCAUUGAAAAUCUGAAUAACAAAAAGCCGAACUAAAAUGUACUUCUUUACUGAAAUAUCUCUCUUUCUUUUCCAACAGUUUCUAUCCGCUGAGGGGAAAUAUGUUCCUGCAGUUCCGAUCAAAGGAUCUAUUUGCAUCAAUAUUGGAAACAUGAUGCAGAAGUUGACAUCAGACAGGCUUAUCGCAGGGGUAAUGGUUUUAUGUUUAUUCUUUCAACAUUUUUUGUUAAACUGUACAGUGACGCAAAAGUAGCUUUUUUGGAAUCAGAUUACCUAUAACAGAUAAAAGUUGUCUCGGACCCUUCUGGGGCAGACUGGGUGUGAUUAUUGCGGGCGACAAGAGGGGUCCACAAUCCUAAUCUCCAGGUUGCUAUUGCGCAUGUUCGGCACUUUGUCUGGACUUCCACUAAAAAUGAAUGGAUUACACAGAACGCAAUCUGAUAACGUGCGUUUUGACCAUAUCAUAUCACGUAGAACUUUUGCAAAGCACAGCGUUGAAGCAAAAGCGUUUUAACAGUCGAUCGCCUGCACACCGUAACCGUUCGGUUAUUACUUAUUUGGCUAACCAUAACCUUAGAGCAAAGUACUUCGUGUCAAGCUAACGUAAUAAUAGUCUCCCUACAUAUAACUCAUAUUACUUUAAUUUGGUACUUUAUCUGCUUGAGCGGCUUUGCCUUCUUGUGGUCCUUUCCUUACUCGAGCUACUUAGUAGUUACCCCUUUUAGAGGCCGACAGACGCUAUAACUGUAAAUUUAACCAACUGCUGGACGUUUAUCUGAGCGUUUAAUAAAUAUCUAACGGAAACCCCUCAAAAGCUACAACAAUGAUAAUAAUGUACAACAUAUCUCUGGCAAAAAUACUUUUAUGAUCGUUAUUCUUAUAUGUAAAUACCAGUCAUCCCGGUAUAUUACAUUAUAUGGACCCCUUCGAUAAUCAAACACAUUGCCUCUAAUUUUGCCUCUAAAGGUCUUUAUGGGUCCCACCUUUAGGGGUAUAGAAUGGUAAAUUCAAAAUUUUUUGGUUUCAAAAUUCGAGCCUCCGAGACGCAAAAUCACCCGAGAUCUCCCGAAAUCGUGCCAAAAUUUUCCGAGACCCACGUUUUUUGAGGAACUAUUCUAUGCCCCGACCUUUAUAUGAUAAACGUUUCGUCCCAUGUAAUUGUAAGGUAAUCCAGAUUCCGGAAACGUUUUGCUUGUGGAAUCCAGAAUCCUGGGCUUUGGAAUCCGGAAAUAGCUCUAGGAAUCCGGAAUCCCGUUAUAACGAUUGGAAACCGGAAUCCAAGUUCCAUUGACAAGGAAUCCGAAAUCUAUCACCUGGAAUCUGGAAUCCAUCACCUGGAAUCCAGAAUCCAUCACCUGGAAUCUGGAAUCCAUCACCUAGAAUCCGGAAUCCAUCACCUGUAAUCCGGAAUCCAUCACCUGGAACCUGGAAUCCAACACCUGGAAUCUGGAAUCCAUCACCUGGAAUCCGAAAUCCAUCACCUGGAAUCCGGAAUCCAUCACCUGGAAUCCAGAAUCCAAGACUGUCUUGGAUUCCCUUACAUGGCGCAAAACUUUAUUCCAUUCACUAAUUGAUUGUUAAUUGCAUUUCAGCGCCAUCGAGUAGUGGUGUCAGAAAAGGAGGUGAAUUACUUGAACCAGCCUCGACGCUCGCUUGUCUACUUUAUGCGACCAGAUCUUGAUGCACAGAUUAUGUGCCUAGAUGGGUCCAACAAAUACGUACCAAUAAUCAGCGGAAACUAUGUAAAGCAAAAGUUAAAUGCCACUUAUCAGUAUUGAAAUCCACAAAAUUUAAGUAAUAGACGUAAAAGCAGCUAUCCAUGAGGGUUCUCAAUAGAUUUUUCGAUAUCCUGGAUUUCCCUUAUUUGAAGCUCGGGAUUCGGGAUUUUAAAGCAAACUCUGGACGAGAUUAGGGAUAGACAGUAUGCACGGGAGAUGGCAUACCAAAAAUAACUCUUGGGAUUACAGAAUUACGGGACUACAAGAAAUUUUUGGGUCGGGAUUACGGGAUUGAAGGCCUGUUCCGAUUGUGCUCGUAAAAUGCUGGAAAGUUGCUCACUGGGAUGUCAAAACGUUGCUACCAAAAUUUCAAAAGUUGCUACGUG